GCGUCACUUCCGUCCUGAGACCCAAAAUGGCGGCUGUAGUUUUUGUGUUGAAGAGGUUGUAGUUUAAACUCAGAGUGUCGCUAAAGUGUCCCGGUUCUGUCCCGGUUCUGUCCCGGUUCUGUCCGUAACUGUCAGUUUUUGGGCAAAGAAACGACGGAAAGCGCAGCGGAAGCGGCGCCCGGCGGAGCUGCGGUGAGGAGCUAAUGAUGCUAAUGCUAAUCUCACGUUUUACAUCUUUAAUUUUUACAAACGCAACGAUCCAGAAGCGCUGAUGGAGGCCCAGAAUGGAGAGCGUUUACCGGGCGACAGCGGAGCGUUUGACCCGGAGCGCGAGGUCUGUGACCCGGACCCGGACCUGGAGACUGAGCUGCUGCAGAAAGCUCACGGAGGACAGAGUCUGGAGCGGGACGAGCGCGAGGCGUUUGACCCGGUCUCUGAGGCUCCUGUGGUGGACAUGGAGCUCUGUGAGACGUUUGGAGCUGACCCGGAGGAGGAGAGCGAGGCGUUUGACCCGGUCCGCGAGGCCCCCGGAGCGUCCGACCCGGAGGUGUCGGUGCUGAGGCGUAGGGCCCGGUCUCUGAAGCAGGAGCUGGAGCUGUGUAAAGCAGAACUGAGCAAACUCCAGAGACGCCUGAGUCAGUCUGAGAGAGUCCAGAAGAACACGGAGAACUACAACCAGGACCUCCGCAAACAGGUGGAACAGUUGAGCGAGGAGCUUCAUGAAAGAAAGAAAAAAGAGAAAGACAGAAGUGAUGCAGAGACGCAGACGGAGACGCAGACGGAGACGCAGACGGAGACGCAGACGGAGACGCAGACGGAGACGCAGACGGAGACGCACACGUGGAGCGACACCGAUUAUUACAAUUAUUACUACGGCGGGUACUACCAGGACACAGCAGCAGAGGGCGCCGCCGCGGUGACAGAGGGCGCCGCCGCGGUGACAGAGGGCGCCGCCGCGGUGACAGAGGGCGCCGCUCAUGACGCGCUGCUGCCCCCUGGAGUCCACCCGGAGGAGAGCGGACUCGCGGAGGAUAAAUCUGUUACCGUGGAGACCGGCAAGUCUGCGGAGGGAGGGGGGGCAGGAGACUCUACGGCGCCCCCUGUCGGAGCGGAGGGAGACACGAGCCAAAACCCCGACGCCACAGAGAGCACAGAGAGCACGCAGGAGGUGGUUGAUGGUUCUAUCUCGGACAUGCUCAGAUCCACGGCGGAGGAGGCCAUGUGUCAGACGGGGUUUGUGUUUGACGAGAACACGGGGAUGUACUACGACCACGGUACCGGGUUCUACUACGACUCGGUGAACCAGCUGUACUACGACAACAACACAGGGAUCUACUAUUACUACGACGCCGAGAGCGGCAAGUACGAGUUUCACUCCAGGAUCGAGCUGCAGCGCGACACCUCCACCACCGAGAGGAGCUACAGCGAGUGGAAGAGCUGGAAACUCAAGAAACUGAUGAGCGAACUCAAGAGCGAGAUCAAGAACAAACCCAAGGACGAGAAGGUGAGGAACCACCACCAGAACACGGAACCUUCAGACAAGGCCAAGAAGGAGCCCAAAGAAGAUCUGAAAACCUCACACAAAAAACCCCAAGACCAACGAAAACCAAGACCAAAGUCCAGGUCCAGGUCCAGGUCUAGAUCCAAAAGUCCCGCUCGGAAAAGAAGGAACUCUCCGAAACUGCGAGGAGACGAGAGACGGAGACACAGGGACGAGUCGCCGUACGAGGACAGAGACCGGAGCAGAGACCGGAGCAGAGACCGGAGCAGAGACCGGAGCAGAGACCGGAGCAGAGACCGGAGCAGAGACCGGUCCAGGGACAAGUCCAGGGACAAGUCCAGGUCUCGCAGGAGAAGGAGGAGGGAGGAGAGGAGGAAGAGGAGGAGGAGACGAGAGGAGACGAGGAGCAACGGGUCGGACGCCAACAGCGAGCCGGAGGAGGGGGAGCUGUCGGAGAGCGAGAGGGACAGCACGCCGUCCUCCAGGGGGGACGAGGACAGAGGGAGGGACAGGGGAGGAGGCAGGAGAGGAGACAGGGACAGGGGAGGGAGGAGAGGAGACGAGGAGCUAGGAGAGGAGGAGACGCUGGAGGAGGUGGAGAUGGAGCUGGACGCGGCUCAGGGAGCGUGGCCUCCUUGUGUUCGUGUGACGGUGGUUCGCUCUCCGGUGCUGCAGGUCGGGACUCUGUUCAUCCUCACGGCCGACGCCACCGCCACCAUCGGACGGGAGAAGGACAUGGACCACGCCAUCAGGAUCUCAGAGUUGGGCGUCAGUAAGUUUCACGCUGAGGUUUUCUUCGACCUGGAGCUUCAGUGUUACAUGAUCGUGGACCAGGGCUCCCAGAACGGAACCGUCAUCAACGGGAACCGCAUCCUCCAGCCGAAGCAGAAGUCGUGUCCUCACCCUCUGACUCACGGGGACGAGGUUCGGUUUGGAGACACAGUUCUGUCCUUCCACAUUCACCGCGGCACCGACACCUGCGACGGGUGCGAACCUGGACAGAUCCUCGCCCACUUGAGCAAACACCCGCGCCCGCAGACAGGGGGCGCCGCCAACGCCGCCGCCGCCUACGCCAACGCCCACGCCGCGGGCAGCAGAGAGGACAAGGAGACGCUCAGGGUCAAAGAGCUCAAGAACCUCAAGGCCAAGUACGGAAUCCAGAGUAACGAGGAGUCUUCAGCGUUGAGGAACCCUCGGUACAGAGACAGAGCAGAGUCCAGGAGACAGACCGUGGGCAGUGAGGGAGCGUUUCAGAGAGACGACGCUCCAGCUUCAGUCCAUCAAGAGAUCUCUGAGGGCAACAAAGGGAGGAAGAUGUUGGAGAAGAUGGGCUGGAAGAAAGGAGAAGGUCUGGGGAAGGAGGGCUCCGGCAUCAGGGACCCGAUCGAGCUGAAAAUCCGAAAGGCCCAGUCGGGUCUGGGGGCGGCGCCCGCCGUUUCCGUGGACGACGCGUCUCUGAACAAAACGAAGAAUCAGAAAAACUGGGACAAAGCUCGAGAACGUUUCGCCGAGACGUACGCGACCCGGGACGAGGGCGGAGCCACGGCCCGGGCGCCGGAGGGGGCAACGCCGCCGCAGAACUGAACCACCCGGACCACCCCGCUGGAGACAAGGGCGGAGCCACUGGAGGAGGGUGGAGCCGCUGGAGAGGAGGGCGGAGCCACUGGAGGAGGGCGGAGCCGCUGGAGAGGAGGGCGGAGCCGCUGGAGAGGAGGGCGGAGCCGCGGCGGUGCAGCCUUGGUGAGGUUUUGUUUGGAGUCAUGUGACGUUUGGGACCAUUUACACAAACAUUCAGUAUAAAAAGUUUGAACUGUUCAAUGAUUCAAAACGACGGUAAAUUUUGUGAAUAAAAUGUGAAAUCUCUUAAA